ACUGCUGAGGAGACCCAAGGCGAGGAGCGGCGAGCCGGAGGAGGCGGCGGCCGCGCGCGCACCGGGCUUUCCUCGAUUGCGGGGAUCUCAAGGGGCGAAGGGAAUCGCCGGGGAGGGGGACCGGAGAGCCGCGCCUGCCGCGCGGCGCGCCCCUUCCCGCCCCCUGCACCAUGAGCUGGGGCACCGAGCUCUGGGAUCAAUUUGACAACUUAGAAAAACACACACAGUGGGGAAUUGACAUUCUUGAGAAAUACAUCAAAUUUGUAAAGGAAAGGACAGAGAUCGAACUCAGCUAUGCAAAGCAACUCAGGAACCUCGCAAAGAAAUACCAACCUAAAAAGAACUCGAAGGAGGAAGAAGAAUACAGGUAUACGGCUUGUAAAGCUUUCCUUUCCACCCUGAACGAAAUGAAUGAUUACGCUGGGCAGCAUGAAGUUAUCUCCGAGAACAUGACCUCGAACAUCACUGUGGAGUUAGCCCGCUAUGUCCAGGAACUGAAGCAGGAGAGGAAAUCGCACUUCCACGAUGGGCGGAAGGCACAACAGCACAUAGAGAUCUGCUGGAAACAACUCGAAUCAAGUAAAAGACGAUUUGAACGGGACUGCAAAGAGGCGGACAGAGCGCAGCAGUACUUCGAGAAGAUGGAUGCGGACAUCAAUGUCACCAAAGCAGAUGUUGAAAAGGCGCGACAGCAAGCUCAAGUACGUCACCAAAUGGCAGAGGACAGCAAAGCAGAUUACUCAUCAAUUCUCCAGAAAUUCAACCACGAGCAGCACGAAUAUUACCAUACUCACAUCCCCAACAUAUUUCAGAAAAUACAGGAGAUGGAGGAAAGGAGGAUAGUGCGAAUCGGGGACUCGAUGAAGACCUAUGCAGAGGUGGACCGGCAGGUGAUCCCGAUCAUUGGGAAAUGCUUGGAUGAAAUAGUAAAGGCAGCCAACUCCAUCGAUCAGAAGAAUGAUUCCCAGCUGGUAAUAGAAGCUUAUAAGUCCGGGUUUGAGCCUCCCGGGGACAUUGAAUUUGAGGAUUACACUCAGCCGAUGAAACGCACUGUGUCAGAUAACAGCCUUUCGAAUUCCCGAGGAGAAGGCAAACCAGAGCUCAAGUUUGGUGGCAAAUCCAAAGGAAAGUUAUGGCCCUUCAUCAAAAAAAAUAAGCUUAUGUCCCUUUUAACAUCCCCCCAUCAGCCUCCCCCUCCUCCCCCUGCCUCUGCCUCACCCUCUGCUGUUCCCAACGGCCCCCAGUCUCCCAAGCAGCAAAAGGAACCCCUCUCCCAUCGCUUCAACGAGUUCAUGACCUCCAAACCCAAAAUCCACUGCUUCAGGAGCCUAAAGCGUGGGCUUUCUCUCAAGCUGGGCGCCACGCCAGAGGAUUUCAGCAACCUCCCGCCCGAGCAGAGAAGGAAAAAGCUGCAGCAGAAAGUCGAUGAAUUAAAUAAAGAAAUUCAAAAGGAGAUGGAUCAAAGAGAUGCCAUAACAAAAAUGAAAGAUGUUUACCUGAAGAAUCCUCAGAUGGGAGACCCAGCCAGUUUGGAUCACAAAUUAACCGAAGUCAGCCAAAAUAUAGAGAAACUGCGGCUAGAAUCCCAGAAAUUUGAGGCCUGGCUGGCGGAGGUGGAAGGCAGGCUGCCGGCGCGCAGCGAGCAGGCCCGCCGGCAGAGUGGAAUGUUCGACGCCCAGAACCCGGCCACGGUCAACAACUGUGCCCAGGACCGCGAGAGCCCGGAUGGCAGUUACACGGAGGAGCAGAGUCAGGAGGGUGAGGUGAAGGUGCUGGCCACGGACUUCGACGACGAGUUUGAUGAGGAGGAGCCCCUGCCCGCCAUCGGGACCUGCAAAGCCCUCUACACGUUCGAAGGUCAGAAUGAAGGGACCAUCUCCGUGGUUGAAGGAGAAACACUGUACGUGAUCGAGGAAGACAAAGGCGACGGGUGGACCCGCAUUCGGAGAAAUGAAGACGAAGAGGGUUAUGUCCCCACUUCGUACGUCGAAGUCUAUUUGGACAAAAAUGCCAAAGGUGCUAAGACUUAUAUUUAAUACAACUUAAAAAAAAAAAAAAAACUAAAAAAAAAAAAAAUUGGAGUUGUCUCUCCCCACAACUAUGACUGUUCCCGGCGGUUCUUCCAAAGCGUGGCUGGAGGAUACCGGACCGGAGUGCCUGUUGUCACAUGGCGGUGGGCUUGUAGGCAUUCGACACCCGAAUUUCCAUGGCUAGUUUUGACUAUAAUCACGUUUCACUUGCUCAUGAAAUAUGACGCGGAAAGCUGCCAACUGCCAAUUUACAAUUCUGUCAUUUGAAAUCGGAUAAACAGUUCUUCUGGCAGUAUCUGUAGGUAUCCAAAAAAAAAAAAGAAGAAAGUUGCCUUCUAGCUUCUAAUCGCUAUUUCUGAAUUUAAAGGUCCACACACAUCAGAGGGGUGGGUAAGACUUCAGUUCUAUCUCCAGUUCUAUCUCGCAACUGCCAUAAAUGCAACCCCCUUAGAAAGUGUUACAUUUUGUAACUUAAUAACUUGAACUACGCUAGUUUGUUUAAUCUUACAAUCAUUUGCUUUGGAGGAAAUCAUAAAUAAAACCUCCCCCUCCUUGAGGAAAGAGUAAGACGAGUCCUAUAUUGGUACUAAACGUGUGUAUUUUUCCUUAAACGUGUUUAAGAUCAUUGGUAGAUCGCCGUGAUUAUCCUCUCCCCUCCGCACGAUCCCAGACAACCGACUGAAAUCUGGAAAAGCUUGGUUAACAAUUACCCAGUUGACUUUUACAGGAGACCACUGAGCUCCCCGCUGCCACUGACAGAGUCGAUCAGAUGCC